AUGACAAAACCCAUUGAUAUCAAGGUCUCUGAGCCUAAGAAGAAGAGCAGUAUCUCAACGUCUGGUCCAAUAUCACCUUUGGCCCUGAGUACAAACAACUCCAGUUCAAGCGUUUACGACGAGAAUAAGAAAGCAAUGGCUUCAAUAGCUCCAAUAUUAGAAGGAUUCACUCCAAAAACUUCAUCAAGUGAAAAUAAUAGUCAAAUCCAUUUACCUCCUCCAGCAGUCGAAACUAAUAAUUCAAGUUCUGUUAGUUCAAGAAAAAGUUCACAUUCAAUAUCAAAAGUUCAACUGCCAAAAAUUGGUAAAAUUGGUGUUUGUGCUAUGGAUGCUAAAGUUUUAAGUAAACCAUGUAGACAAAUAUUAAACAGACUGAUUGAAAAUGGUGAAUUUGAAACUGUCAUUUUUGGUGAUAAAGUUAUAUUAGAUGAAUCAAUUGAAAAUUGGCCAACUUGUGAUUUCUUGAUUAGUUUUUUCUCAACUGGUUUCCCAUUAGAUAAAGCUAUUGCAUAUGUUAAACUACGUAAACCAUACAUCAUUAAUGAUUUGGUUAUGCAAAAAGCGCUUUGGGAUAGAAGAUUAUGUCUGUGGAUUCUUGAUGCUGCUAAAGUUCCAACUCCGAAAAGAUUGGAAAUUUCAAGAGAUGGUGGUCCAAGAGUUGAUGAUGAAUUAAAACAAAAAUUACAAGAUAAUGGUGUUUCUAUGGAAAAAAUUAAAGAACCAGAAUGGAAAAUGAUUGAUGAAGAUACCAUUUGGGUUAAUGGUGAAACUUUAACCAAACCAUUUGUUGAAAAACCUGUUGAUGGUGAAGAUCAUAAUGUUUAUAUUUAUUAUGCCAAAAAAGAUGGUGGUGGUGGUAGAAAACUUUUCAGAAAAGUUGGUAAUAAGUCUUCAGAAUUUGAUCCUAAAUUAUCCACUCCAAGAACUUCAGGUUCUUAUAUUUAUGAACAAUUUAUGGAUACUGAUAAUUUUGAAGAUGUUAAAGCUUAUACCGUGGGACCAAAUUUUUGUCAUGCUGAAACAAGAAAAUCACCAGUUGUUGAUGGUAUUGUUAGAAGAAAUACUCAUGGUAAAGAAAUUAGAUAUAUUACACCUUUAUCUGAUAAAGAAAAAAGUAUUGCAAAACAUGUUUCUAAAGGAUUUGGUCAAACUAUUUGUGGAUUUGAUUUAUUAAGAGUUGGUGGUCAUAGUUAUGUCAUUGAUGUUAAUGGAUUUUCAUUUGUUAAAGAUAAUGCCCCAUAUUAUGAUAAUUGUGCUAAAAUUCUUAGAGAUAUGUUUGCUGAAGCUAAAAAAAUUAGAGAUGUUAAAAAAUUAGCCACUCCAUCAGCUGCCACUGAGGAAAAAUCACAAAAAUGGGUCUUGAAAGGUUUAGUAUCUGUUAUUCGUCAUGCUGAUCGUACUCCAAAACAAAAAUUCAAAUAUUCUUUUAAAUCUGAAAUUUUCAUUUCUUUAUUAAAAGGUCAUAAAGAAGAAGUUAUAAUUAGAGAAGUUUCAGAUUUGAAAAUUGUCCUUAGAGCUAUUAAAGUUGCUCAAGAACAACAAAUUGAAGAUUUAAGUAAAUUAGAACUUUUAGCUAAUGCAUUAGAAAAAAAAUUAGAAUUUCCAGGUACUAAGAUUCAAUUAAAACCUGUUUUAACUGAAGAUGGUGAAGUGGAAAAAGUUCAAUUCAUUUUAAAAUGGGGUGGUGAAGCUACACAUUCUGCUCAUUAUCAAGCUAGUGAUUUAGGUGAACAAUCAAGACAAGAUAUGGGUCUACUAAAUAAAGAAUUAUUGAAAAAUGUUAAAGUUUUUUCAUCAUCAGAAAGAAGAGUUUUACUUACUGCUAAUCUGUGGGCAAAUUCUUUAUUAGAUGAUGGUACAUUGGAUGAUAAUUUUAUUAAUAUUAGAAAAGAUUUAUUAGAUGAUUCUAAUGCUGCUAAAGAUCUUAUGGAUAAAGUUAAAAAGAAGUUAAAACCAUUAUUAAGAGAAGGUAAAGAAGCACCAUCACAAUUUACAUGGCCACAAAAAAUGCCUGAACCAUAUGUUGUUUUGAAAAGAGUUGUUGAAUUAAUGAAUUAUCAUAAACAAAUUAUGGAUCAUAAUUCUACUCAUGAAGAUUUUGCAAAUUUACAACAAGAAUGGUGUAAUGGUGAAGAUCCGGAAUUAUUUAUUGAAAGAUGGAAUAAAUUAUUUAAAGAAUUUAUAACUGUGGAAAAAGUUGAUCCUUCAAAAAUUUCAGAAUUAUAUGAUACAAUGAAAUUUGAUGCUUUACAUAAUAGAGAAUUUUUAGAGAAAAUAUUCAAACCAGUUUCUGAAGUUGAAAGACCAUCUGCUUCAUUAUUAAUUGAUGAAUAUCCACAACAUUUAAAACUUUUCGCUAAAGAUAAAGGUACACCAAAUAUUCCAUUACAUGCACAUUCAUAUUUAUUUAAUGAACAAAUUUUUAAAUAUUUAAGAGAAUUAUAUAAAUUAUCUCAAGUUUUAUUUGAUUUUAUUUGUCCCCAAGAAUAUGGUAUUACUCAAAGUGAAAAACUGGAAAUUGGUUUAUUAACUUCAGUUCCAUUAGGUAAAAAAAUUAUUAAUGAUUUAAAUGAAAUGAUUGAAAAUGAUAAACCAGGUUGUGUUACUUAUUUUACUAAAGAAAGUCAUAUGUACACAUUAUUAAACAUUUUAUAUGAAAGUAAUAUUCAAUUUUAUAUUAAUAGAAAUGAUUUACCAGAAUUAGAUUAUUUAUCACAAAUUAUUUUUGAAUUAUAUGAAGAUAGCUCAGGUAAAAAUCAUUCUAUAAGGUUUAAAUUAUCACCAGGUUGUCAUACACAAGAUCCAUUAGAUGUUGAACUUGAUGAUAAACAUUAUAUUUCAUGUAUUCCAAAAAUUAGUUUGACAAAACAUUUAGAUUUUGAUUUAGUUUCACAAAGAUUAAAAUCCAAAUUUAAAAAGGUUAAUUUACCAAAGAAGUUCACUGCUGUUAAUAUAUCAAGUCCAUUGACUGAACCUAAAUAG